CGGGCGCGAGGCGUACUAGUUGUUUGGGAAUCUCGCGCGGGCACCCGUAACCAGCGUUUAGGCCUGAGUUCUGAUUGGUCGGAGGAGGAAGCGCGGCCGUUUCCAACGGGAGCAGGCUGGAAGUCGGGGUCCGACGGCAAAUUAAAAUGGCGUCUCUGGCGUUCCAGCAGUUGCGGGAUUUGGUCGAACUCCAGGAGGCCUUGUUGGACAGCCUGAGGCGGCAGAUAGCAGUACAAGAGGAGACCUCCGUAAGCAAGAUUGAAUAUGAAGGUGUUGUGAAGAAACUGGAGAAGGAGGAAGAAGAACAUGCGAAGACAAAGAAUAAUCUAGAUGCGGUAUCAGAACAGCUGGAGUUCGCUCUUGGGGAAAUAGAUGUUCUGUCAAAGCAACUUCAGAGGGAGAAGCAAGCAUUUGAUAGCGCACUUUCUCAUAUAAACAACAAAGUGCUAAAACAUUCAAUCCAAAAAGACAAAUUGAUAAGCAAAUGCUCUGAAAUUGAGAACCAUAUUCUGAAACAAGAAGAUGUUCUAAACGACAAAGAGAAUGAGAUCAAAGAGCUGCAGCUGAUGAUCAACAGACAGAAGCAAACCUUGAAAAAACAAGCAUCUGAUUUCAAGAUACAGAAACAACAGGAAUGCUAUAUAGCAGAAAUGGUUAGAAAAAAGAACAAGAAAGAUUUUUAAAUGACCAUAGAAGUAUUGUAUCAAGCUGAUUGAUUCUGAUCUUUCUUCGGCCACUAUAAAAGUCAUGGAUGAAUUAAUUUUCCUACUAAGUAAUUAUUGUGAAUGCAAAUGAAAAUGAUCAGCUGAAACUCACCUCUAAAUUUCUUUUGAUAUCUUAUUCUGUCCAGAAAAAUCAGUAUUGGGUGUACUUAUUAAAUACAUUUAAUAAAUAAAUAAAUACGUUAGUAGCUGUUUAGAUGGAUAAAGAUUAUAGGAUUGGUUAAUUUUAGUUAUAAGACACAAGCUGUUUUGCCUUGAGAGCAGAUAUGUGAAAGUCAAUCAACUUCCUAAUGCUUUUUGAACUGGCUGUGCAAUUUAUUAAAUCACUACUAUAUAAUUUAAUAAUUCAAUCUCUGCGUCUUUCUGGGAACUGUUGUAGAAGUCAUUCCUGAAGCAGCAUGGACUAUGGAACAGACACUGCAAUCCCCCAUAUUUCUACUCAGAAGUGCAUCUUACUGCUGUCGAAAGAGCUUAUUGCCAGCACUCCAGGCCCCUCCUCCUUUCGGCUCUCCUGGAUAGGCUGGCCACCUGCACAUCCACACACCCAGCCAACCACCUUGCUUCCCCUGUUACUACGCGGAUUGGCUAAGGAUCUUUCACAGUCACAUGUUUUUUGUU